UUUUCUCUGCUUAUUAAACCUGAUCGCGGCGGGACUGAAACAUUCAUUCUCCGACCAGGUAUUACAUCUGAAAGAUGCUGUUAAGUUGGAAUUGCCAAAUUAAUUAUUGGACAGAGUGUAGAAACUAGUAACAAUGAAGGUCGACAGAAGCAAGUUGAAGAAAACCCCCACUGAAGCACCUGCCGACUGCAGGGCGCUCAUAGACAAACUAAAGGGAUGCAGUGACGAGCAGCUGCUCCUGGAACUUCAACACAUAAAAACAUGGAACAUCGGCAAGUGUGAGUUGUACCACUGGGUUGAUCUCUUGGACCGUUUCGAUGGCAUCCUCUGUGAUGCAGGCCAGACUGUUGAGAACAUGUCCUGGAUGCUGGUGUGUGACCGGCCGGACAACGGGCAGCUCAAAGCCUUGCUGCUGGCAGUGCUUAACUUCACGGCCCUGCUAAUAGAGUACAGCUUUUCACGGCAUCUCUACAGCUCUAUAGAGCACUUGACCAUCCUUUUGGCGUCAUGCGACAUGCAGGUGGUGCUGUCUGUGCUGAACCUCCUGUAUGUGUUCAGCAAGCGUUCCAACUACAUCACUCGGCUAGGCUCAGAUAAGAGGAGUCCUCUGCUCGCUCGUCUUCAGCACCUUGCUGAGAGUUGGGGAGGAAAGGAAAAUGGUUUUGGCCUGGCUGAGUGCUGCAGAGAUCUGCCCAUGAUGAAGUACCCACCUAGUGCCACCACACUGCACUUUGAGUUCUAUGCUGAGCCUAGCUCAGAGGUGAAAGUGGAAAAGAAGUCCAGCAGCAACACGCUACACUACAUCCACAUUGAACAACUUGAUAAGAUCUCAGAAAGUCCGUCUGAGAUCAUGGAGUCGUUGACGGUCAUGUACAACAUCCCCAAAGACAAGCAGACCCUGCUGUUCACACACAUCCGCCUGGCACACGGAUUCUCCAACCACAAGAAGAGAUUGCAGGCAGUGCAGGCCAGACUGCAUGCCAUCUCCAUACUAGUCUACUCCAAUGCCCUCCAGGAGUCAGCCAACAGUAUACUCUACAACGGGCUGAUCGAGGAGCUGGUGGAUGUUUUGCAAAUCACAGACAAACAGCUGGUGGACAUAAAGGCUGCCUCCUUGCGCACUUUGACAUCCAUAGUUCACUUGGAGCGAACGCCUAAAUUGUCAAACAUCAUCGACUGCACUGGCACGGCUUCCUACCACGGCUUCUUACCUGUGCUGGUCCGCAACUGCAUACAAGCCAUGAUUGAUCCACUGAUGGAGCCGUACCCGCACCAGUUUGCCACGGCCCUUUUUUCCUUCCUGUAUCAUUUGGCCAGUUAUGAUGCUGGUGGAGAGGCUUUGGUCUCUUGUGGAAUGAUGGAGGCCUUGUUGAAGGUGAUCAAGUUCCUCGGGGACGAGCAGGACCAGAUUACCUUUGUGACUCGUGCGGUGCGUGUAGUAGACCUCAUCACCAAUCUGGACAUGGCUGCCUUUCAGUCGCACAGCGGCCUCUCCAUCUUUAUCUGCAGACUUGAGCAUGAGGUGGAUCUGUCCAGGAAAGAGUGCCCUUUUGUCAUCAAGCCAAAGAUCCAGAGGCCCAGCACAGCUGCUGAAGCUGAGGACAUGGACACAGACAUGGAGGUGUCUGAGGUUGCCAUGGAGAGCAGUCCAGGGCCCUCCACCUCCACAUGCUCCAGAACAGACUCAGACAUUCGCACACAGAGCAGCACAGCCAGCGCACCCAGAGCAGGUGUCCAGUGCAUCCCUCAGAGGGCAGCUCUGCUGAAGUCCAUGCUGAACUUUUUAAAGAAAGCCAUUCAGGACCCGGCCUUUUCAGAUGGCAUUCGUCAUGUUAUGGAUGGGUCUCUGCCUACCUCACUGAAGCACAUCAUCAGUAAUGCCGAGUAUUAUGGACCAUCACUCUUCCUCCUGGCAACGGAGGUGGUGACAGUGUUUGUGUUCCAGGAGCCAUCUCUCCUCUCCUCUCUGCAGGAUAAUGGUCUCACUGAUGUCAUGCUGCAUGCAUUGCUUAUCAAAGAUUUUCUGUCUCUGCAGGUCCCUGCCACCCGAGAGGUGCUGGGUUCCUUACCCAAUGUCUUCAGUGCCCUGUGCCUAAAUGCCCGUGGCCUGCACUCAUUUGUCCAGUGUCAGCCUUUCGAGCGGCUGUUUAAGGUGCUGCUGUCGCCUGACUACCUGCCGGCCAUGCGUAGACGUCGCAGUUCUGACCCGCUGGGUGACACUGCCUCUAACUUGGGCAGUGCUGUGGAUGAGCUCAUGAGACACCAACCUACUCUGAAAACAGACGCCACCACAGCUAUUAUCAAGCUACUUGAGGAGAUCUGCAACUUGGGCAGAGCUCCCGAGUACAUCUGUCAAAAGCCCUCUAUUCAGAAAGCAGACGGCACCGUUACGGUACCACCAGCUCGCUCCAACCAUGCAGCGGAGGAAGCCUCCAGUGAGGAUGAAGAGGAGGAAGAGGCUUUGCACACUUUUACCCAACAACAAGGCGAACCCGAGAGCAACAGGCAAGUGGUUGGCACGGAAGAGCGCAUCCCGAUUCCACUGAUGGAUUACAUUCUUAAUGUGAUGAAGUUUGUGGAGUCCAUUCUGAGUAACAACACGACGGAUGAUCACUGUCAGGAAUUUGUGAAUCAGAAAGGCCUUCUACCACUGGUGUCCAUCUUGGGACUUCCCAAUCUGCCCAUAGACUUUCCAACAUCUGCUGCCUGCCAGGCAGUUGCCGGCGUAUGCAAAUCCAUUCUGACUCUAUCCCAUGAGCCAAAGGUCUUGCAGGAGGGACUGUGCCAGUUGGACAGCAUCCUGUCUGCUCUGGAGCCACUCCAUCGGCCCAUCGAAGAGCCCGGUGGCUCGGUUCUACUAAGAGAACUGGCCAACGCCGGUCAUGUCACAGAUGCCACGCUGUCUGCCCGUGCUACACCUCUACUGCACGCGCUUACCGCCGCGCAUGCGUACAUCCUCAUGUUCGUCCACACCUGCAGAGUCGGCCAGAGUGAGAUUCGGGCUAUUUCAGUGAACCAGUGGGGCUCCCAGCUGGGGCUGAGUGUACUCAAUAAAUUGAGUCAGCUCUACUGCUCUUUAGUGUGGGAGAGCACUGUGCUCUUAUCCCUCUGCACACCCAACAGUCUCCCUCCUGGCUGUGAGUUUGGCCAGGCUGACAUGCAAAAACUGGUGCCUAAGGAAGAAAAACCAUCCAGCAGCAGUGCAACCAGCGGAGGCCGGAGAACCGGUAAAAAAACACAGCAUCACGCUGAGGCAGAGGCUCUGUCUGUGGCAGUAGAUCCCUCUGCCCAAGGUCUUCUGGAGGGCAUAGGGCUGGAUGGAGACUCCCUCGCUCCAAUGGAGACAGAUGAGCCCACAACCACUGAUCCAAAGGCCAAAUCCAAACUCACUCCUGCCAUGGCAACACGCAUCAAGCAGAUCAAACCUCUGCUGUCUGCAUCUUCUCGUUUGGGCAGGGCUCUGGCUGAGCUGUUUGGUUUGCUGGUGAAGCUUUGUGUGGGUUCGCCUGUCCGUCAACGCCGGUCCCACCACACCACAAACACGGGCACCGCUCCGACUCCAGCUGCCCGUGCCACUGCUUCUUCACUUACCAAACUGCUCACCAAAGGCUUGAGCUGGCAGCCACCUCCGUAUACUCCCACUCCUCGCUUCAGGCUGACGUUUUUUAUCUGUUCUGUGGGCUUCACCUCGCCCAUGCUUUUUGACGAGAGAAAGUACCCGUACCACCUGAUGCUGCAGAAGUUCUUCUGCUCUGGAGGCCACGACGCACUGUUUGAGACCUUCAACUGGGCGUUGUCCAUGGGUGGAAAGGUGCCAGUGUCUGAGGGUCUGGAGCAUUCUGAACUGCCUGAUGGAACUGGCGAGUUCUUGGAUGCCUGGCUCAUGCUGGUGGAAAAGAUGGUAAACCCUAGCACCGUGCUGGAUUCUCCACAUUCAUUACCUGCCAAAGUGCCUGGAGCAGCAACCACCACGCCCCAGUUUAGUGCCCUGCGGUUCCUUAUAGUCACCCAGAAAGCUGCCUUCAGCUGCAUCCGCAGCCUUUGGAACCGCAAACCGUUAAAGGUGUACGGUGGACGCAUGGCUGAGUCCAUGCUGGCCAUCCUCUGCCACAUCCUGCGUGGUGAACCCGUCAUCCAGGAGCGCCUGGCAAAGGAGAGAGAAGGCACAACUCGCACUGAUGAGGAUAGUACUGCUGGAGCAGGAAGCACUCCUGCGGGGUCAGGAACAGGUGGAGCAGUUGUCGAAGGCACCUCUGGAUCUGGUGUUAGUGCUGCCCCAGCACCCACAGAUGACAGCAGUGGCUCUACAGCUCGAAGGGAACCACAGGUUAACCAGUCUCAGCUUACACAGCUUAUUGACAUGGGUUUUACCAGAGAGCAUGCAAUGGAGGCGUUGCUCAACACCACCACGAUGGAGCAGGCCACGGAGUACCUGCUAACCCAUCCACCACCGCUGCUUAGUGCUGCCGUUAGGGAAUUUACCAUGUCUGAGGAGGACCAGAUGAUGAGGGCCAUUGCCAUGUCUCUGGGUCAGGAAGUCAGCAUGGAGCAGCGCUCAGACUCUCCUGAGGAGGCAGCACGCAGGCGUGAAGAGGAGGAGAGGAGAGCACGAGAGCGUGCUGAGGAAGAAGAGGCUCGGUGUCUGGAGCGGUUUCUGGAGGCUGAGCCCUUGGAUAGCACUGAGCUUCAUGCCUUCACUGACACCAUGUUGCCAGGCUGCUUCCACCUUCUGGACGAGCUGCCCGAUACAGUUUAUCGCCUUUGUGACCUUCUUAUGACUGCCAUUAAACGAAACGGUCCCGAGUACAGGGACCUUAUUCUGCGCCAGGUCGUCAACCAGGUUUGGGAGGCUGCUGACGUGCUCAUAAAGGCUGCCGUUCCACUCACCACCAGUGACACGAAGACAGUGUCCGAGUGGACCAGACAGAUGGCAACGUUGCCCCAGGCCUCCAACCUGGCCACACGCAUUCUCCUACUUACUCUGCUAUUUGAGGAACUUAAGCUGUCAUGUGCAAGGAUCGUGGAGAGCAGCGGAGUUCUGUCUGUGCUAAUUAAGCUGUUGGAGGUGGUUCAGCCCUGCCUGCAAGCUGCCAAAGAGCAGAAAGACAUCCAAACACCCAAGUGGAUCACGCCAGUGCUUUUGCUAAUUGACUUUUAUGAAAAAAUGGCUGUUUCUUCUAAACGAAGAGCCCAGAUGAACAAGUACCUGCAGCCCAAUGGAAAUAACUGGCGCUGGUUUGAUGAUCGUUCAGGCCGCUGGUGCAGCUACAGUGCCAGUAACAACAGCACCAUAGACUCAGCCUGGAGGGCAGGCGAGACCAGUGUUCGCUUCACUGCGGGCCGUAGGAGAUACACCGUACAGUUCAACACCAUGGUGCAGGUAAAUGAGGAGACAGGAAACCGGCGCCCCGUGAUGCUAACGGUGCAGCGAGUGUCUCGUGCUCCCAAACCCAACAAAUCCGGCAGCGCUGCCGACUCUGAGCGAGAGGAGGAGCAGAAAGCCAAGACCGAGGAGACUCCAGCUGACUCAGACCCCAGUUCUGUUGCCGUGGAGAUGGCCCCACCCAAGGAGGAAGCGGAGCAGAAGGAGUCGUCCUCGUCUGCUCCCACUCCUUCUCAGGAUGCCAGCGCCGGAAGCAUUGUUGUUCAGGGCCUGACUGAGGAGAUGACGACCGUUCUGAUCCGAGCGUGUGUCAGCAUGAUCAGUGUGCCUGUGGACCCGGACACGCUGCACGCCACACUGCGUCUGUGCCUGCGCCUCACACGCGUCCAUCAUUAUGCCGUGAUGUUUGCUGAACUCAAGAGCACACGCAUGAUCCUGACACUGACGCAGAGCUCCGGCUUCAACGGCUUCACACCGCUCGUCACGCUGCUCUUCCGCCACAUCAUCGAAGAUCCAGCUACGCUUCGUCACACCAUGGAGAAGGUGGUGCGUUCUGCAGUAACCAGUGGAGCAGGCAGUACCACGUCUGGUGUGGUUUCGGGUAGUUUAGGCUCACGGGAGAUCAACUACAUUCUGCGUGUGCUUGGGCCAGCAGCCUGCCGUAACCCUGAGGUCUUCACAGAGACCGCCAAUAGCUGUGUUCGGAUCGCCCUCCCUGCCCCAAGAGGUGCUGGAACAGCUUCAGAUGAUGAGUUUGAGAACUUCAGAAUUAAGGGUCCCAAUGCAGUGCAGUUGGUAAAGACUACACCUUUAAAGCUGUCCCCACUGCCACAAAUCCCAGAGACCAUUAGAGAGGUCAUUUAUGACAUGCUUAAUGCCCUAGCAGCGUACCACGCUCCUGAAGAAGCAGAGAAAGCAGAGGAGCGACUGGUGGCUGUGCCUGGCAGUCAGGAUCUCUGUCAGAUCCUGCAGGAUGUCGGUGAUGACGUGUACCAACAGUAUAGACUUACUCGACAAGGCAGCGACUUUGACUCUCAGUCCGCCUUUCAUAUAAAUACUCAGGUGUUUGCUGCUGAUGGUGCAGUUGCAGAAUCCUCCCAGUCGGGCACCCCUCAGGGAGAGGCGUCUACUCCUGAGGAAAUGCGGGAAGAGAAGAAAGAACAGGAGGGAGAAAAGGGAGGGUCCUCAGAGGAGAGCAAGGCAGCAAAAGCCAAAGCCAGCAAGCCCCUGAUGCCCACCUCCACUAUUUUGCGACUGUUGGCGGAACUGGUGCGCUCAUACGUGGGCAUUGCCACGCUCAUUGCCAACUACACCUAUACAGCAGGCCAGUCUGAACUCAUUAAAGAGGACUGUAGUGUGCUGGCCUUUGUGUUGGAUCACUUGCUCCCUCACACACACAACUCCGAGGACAAGGACACCCCUGCCCUGGCACGCCUCUUCCUGGCCAGUCUGGCAGCAGCUGGCACUGGUACAGAGGCUCAAGUGACCCUGGUGAACGAGGUCAAAGCUGCUUUGAGCAGAGCUCUGGCCAUGGCAGAGGGCACAGAGAAACAUGCUCGAUUGCAGGCAGUUAUGUGCAUAAUCAGCACCAUCAUGGAGUCAUGCCCCUCCACCUCCAGCUUCUACAGCACUGCUGCUGCCAAGACCCAGCACAACGGCAUGAACAACAUCAUUCGACUCUUCCUGAAAAAAGGCCUGGUUAAUGAUCUGGCCCGUGUGCCUCACAGCCUCGAUCUCUCUAGCCCCAACAUGGCAAACACUGUAAACGCUGCCCUCAAACCUCUGGAGACGCUCUCACGGAUUGUCAACCAGCCCAGCAGCCUGUUUGGUGGGAAAGGAAGCUCUAGCAAGAACAAGGCCGAACAUGAUACUGUGGGCACAGCCAGAGACAACAACAGUAACACACAGGGCCAAGGAGAGGCAGGGGAAGCAGAGCCAGUGGAAAAUCGUCACAGAGGACAGGCCACGGAUGGUGAUCUGAUGGACGGAGAGGCAGAAGGGGACACGGUGGUCAUCGCAGGCCAGCCGGAGGUGCUCAGCACCCAGGCUAUGCAAGUGGAAAAUGAGCUGGUUGAUUUGAUUGAUGAACUUCUGGACAGAGAUCCUGGGACCGUGAAUAGCACCAUCAUUGUUGGACGUUCUGGAGAUGAAGAAUCUCAAGAGGAUGUGCUAAUGGAUGAAGCGCCUUCGAACAUGAGUCAAGCCUCCACUCUGCAGGCCAACAGAGAAGACUCAAUGAACAUCCUUGAGCCUGAGGACGAAGAACACACCCAGGAGGAGGAUUCCAGUGGAAGUAAUGAAGAUGAAGACAGUCAGGAUGAGGAAGAGGAGGAGGAGGAAGAAGAGGAAGAGGAUCCAGAUGAUGAUGAGGGAGAUGAGGAUGAUGACGAUGAAGGUUCAGAGAUGGAGCUGGAUGAAGAUUUCCCAGAUAUUAAUGCAGCCCCACAUAUACGAUUCGAGAGAUUUGAUAGAGAUGAUGAUCUCAUUAUAGAGUUUGACAAUAUGUUCUCCAAUUCUGCUGACAUCCCUCCCUCCCCAGGAAACAUUCCUAGUUCCCACCCUCUGAUGGUCCGCCACGCUGACCACGGCUCACUUACCCUGGGAGGAACGGGAACCAGUAGCCGCUUGGCUCAGGGCAUGGGCCGCAGCCAGCGCACCCUUCGCCAGCUCACGGCUAACACCGGUCACACCAUCCAUGUGCACUACCCAGGCAAUCGCCAGCCCAACCCCCCACUCAUUUUGCAGAGGUUACUAGGUCCAAGUGCAGCGGCGGACAUCCUUCAGCUGUCCAGCUCUCUGCCCCUCCAGUCUCGUGGUCGUGCCCGCCUGUUGGUCGGCAACGAAGACGUGCACAUCAUCGCCCGCUCAGAUGACGAGCUGCUGGAUGACUUCUUUCACGAGCAGAGCAGCGCCGGUGGCCAGGCUGGCACCCUGUCGAGCAUUCCUACCGCGUUGACUAGAUGGACAGAUGAGUGUAAAGUGCUGGAUGCCGAAAGCAUGCAUGAUUGUGUUGCAGUUGUCAAGGUGCCCAUCUUACAGCACUUGGAGAGCCUGCGUGAUGAGGAGCUGGAGGAGCGAAGGGAAAAAAGGAGGAGGCAGUUGGCCGAGGAGGAAGAGGCCAAGCAGAAUGAGAGGAGCACCUCAGCUGGAGAGGAAAGCAGGGAGCAGACUCUGCAGGGUACCGCGAUAGGAGCUGUAAAUGGAGCUGGCGAGAACUCAGCAGCGGAGGGAGAGCGGGCCCAGGGCGGUGUUACGUCCUGUCUGGAUCCACCCCGCUCCUCCGAGGGCUUCCUUACAGCGCCCCCGUCAGGAGAAGCCACCCCGACCGCACCGCACGAACAAGCCCUCGUGUCAUUGGAGACCGCCAUCAGUCAGCAAGUUCAUCAGCCAAUAGCAGAACUCCUGCUGGCUGACUCGUGUGGCGAUUCGCUCGGCGCGCUGGCAGCCGCUGUACCGCAGCUUUCUGCUCCUGAUAGGCCAAACUGUGAAGCAGAGGCCUCCCAGAUGGAAUUAUCUCCAGCCCCUGCCGCUGGGGACAGAGGAGGAGGAGCAGUGUUGGAUACAGGCAGGGAAGUUUCUCUCAGCCCAGAUAUAGCAGAGAGUUCUGAGCCUGUACCAGUGGGAGUAUCUCAGCUAGAAGGAUCCCCCAUGGAUACAAGCAGCCCAGCUUCAGCAACACAGGAGGAGCCCAGCUCAGUGCAGCCCGAUCACAUGUCUCAAGAACUGUCAGGAAGUGGUGACAGUGGGCUCACUGAUCGGCAGACUGAUGCAGAUACAGGCUUAACGUCUGUGUCAUCUCCUGGUGAGACCAUGCCACGGAGUGACAGCGCCGAUAGCCAGUCUCAGGCCAUCCAAGAGGAGCCCCUUCCAUCCACCAGCAAUGUGGAGGAGGAUCCACUGGCAGGCAUCAGUCUGCCGGAAGGUGUGGAUCCGUCUUUCCUAGCCGCUCUGCCUGAGGACAUUCGUCGGGAGGUGUUGCAGAAUCAACUGGGAAUCAGACCGCCUUCUCGACCCACUGUGUCCACCACAUUGUCCACACCAGCUGCCCCUGUGCUGAGUGGAGGGCCUGGUGUCACUGAGGUCAGCCCAGAGUUUCUGGCUGCACUACCACCAGCCAUUCAGGAGGAGGUUUUGGCACAGCAGCGGGCCGAGCAGCAGCGUCGCGAUCUAUCCCAGCAGCCCCCUCAGGGAGACCAGCCGCUGGACCCGGUGACUUUUAUCCAGACCCUGCCGUCUGAGCUGCGGCGCUCUGUUCUGGAGGACAUGGAGGACAGCGUGCUGGCCGUUAUGCCCCCUGACAUAGCGGCUGAGGCAGCAGCACUGAGGAGGGAGCAGGAAGCCCGUCAGAGGCAGCUGAUGCACGAGCGUCUGUUCGGCCACAGCUCGUCCUCCGCGCUUUCGGCCAUCCUGCGUUCUCCUGCUUUCACCAGUCGUCUCGGGGGUAACCGAGGUGUACAGUAUACACGUCUGGCUGUGUCCAGAACAGGAACCUUUCAGAUGGGUGGCAAUGCUAACCACAACCGGCCCUCCAGCUCGAAUGUGGACUCCUUGCUGCGUUUACGGGGACGUCUCCUGUUGGACCACGAGGCGCUGUCGUGCCUCCUGGUGCUGCUGUUUGUGGACGAGCCCAAGCUGAACACAAGCAGACUGCACCGUGUGCUCAGGAAUCUGUGCUACCACUCACAGACACGAGGCUGGGUCAUCCGCAGCCUGCUCUCUAUUCUCCAGCGCAGCAGCGAGAGCGAGCUCUGUCUGGAGACGGCUCGGCUGGACGAGUCCCGAGGCAAACGUGCACAGGGUUCUGGAUCGUCGGGUUCCAGUAAGGGAUCCAACUCUUCCUCGCAGUCUUCUGUUGCCUCGUCCUCCUCGUCCUCUUCUUUGGAACUGCUGAACAGAGUGGAGUCACGAAGCUCUAAUCAGCUGUCGUGGCUGUCUGUCUCUAUGGAUGCGGCGCUGGGCUGCAGGACCAACAUCUUUCAGAUCCAGCGGGCCUCAGGAAGGAAGCACGCAGACAGACACUCGGCUGGAGGAGCUAUGAGCUCAGCUGGGCUGGGGGGAGGAGUUUCAGGGACUGCAGGAGGAGUCAGUUGCUCAGGUGGAGGAGGGUCGACGGUGCACAUUCAUCCACAAGCUGCUCCUGUCGUCUGUCGGCACGUACUGGAUACCCUUAUUCAGCUGGCCAAGGUUUUUCCCAGCCACUUCACCCAGCAGCGCUGUAAGGACCUGCAGUCGUCCUCUUCCUCCUCUGAGCUGGACUCUCGCCUGUGUGGCAGCUCUGUCCCCUCAGUCGGCGCAGGCUGCCGGGCAGGUGGAACCAGCCAGACCAAUUCCUCUGGGACCCCCAGCACCCUCUCCUCUAGCCACAACUCUCUUAGCUCCUGUUCAGGCACGCCACAGUCUCUUGGCAUCUCUACUGACUUCUGGGACCUUUUAGUCAAGCUGGACAACAUGAAUGUAAGCCGGAAAGGCAAAACCUCCAUGAAGACUGUUCCUCUAGGGGCAUCCGGUGAGGCCGAGGGGGCUCAGCUGAGCCUUGAGGCUUCUCCGCUGGGCCAGCUGAUGAACAUGCUGUCCCACCCCGUGAUCCGUCGCAGCUCUCUACUCACUGAGAAGCUUCUCCGCCUGCUCUCGCUCAUCUCCAUCGCCCUACCCGACAACAAGGCUACCGAGGUGCCGGCCGGCCACCCUGUGCCUCAGGCGCCUUCUGCCGUCCCUGCCGCCUCCACGACUCAGACUACAGCCGGAGCAGUGGGAACGACAAGCAACCAGGCAACGGUGCCAGCAACGGUGCCCACACAGUCUCAACCAGCCACCACUGCUCCAGUACUGUCCACCACAGCUACUAUAGCUACAAGCACCACAGCAGGCAAACAGAAGGCAAGCGGGAGCAGCACAGACAGCGAGACUAAGCUGGCCUCCGCUGGACUCACAGAGAAACAGCUUCAGCUCUCGGUCGAGGUGCUCACAUCCCACUCGUGUUCAGAGGAGGGCUUGGAGGAUGCAGCCAACAUUCUCCUGCAGCUGUCCAGAGGAGACGGCCAGACCAGAGACACUGUGCUUAGACUGCUGCUCAGCGGGGCCCGCCACCUCGGCUACACGCUCUGCAAACAAAUCGGCACAUUGCUGGCAGAGUUGCGGGAGUAUAACCUGGAGCAACAGAAGAGGGUGCGAGCUGAUGCCCAGUCUCCAGAGGCUGCUCAUGAAGACCCCUCGCUCACUGCACGUCUCAAGGGCAAAAUGACCAGCAGGUUUGAUGGUUCAGAGAGCGUGGUGAUCGUGGCCGCUCAGAAGCGCACACUGGGUGGCAGAGAGCUCCAGCUGCCCUGCAUGAGCUCGCUCACUUCCAAAACCUCCACGCAGAAGUUCUUUCUGCGAGUGUUACAGGUCAUCAUCCAGCUGAGGGAGGACACACGCCGUGCCAACAAGAAGGCUAAGCAGACAGGGAGAUUAAGCUCCACUAGUCUGGGCUCUGCCAGCAGUAUCCAGGCUGCCGUUCGCCAGCUGGAGGCUGAAGCAGACGCCAUUAUUCAGAUGGUGAGAGAAGGGCAGCGAGCACGCCGCCUCCAGCAAACUCCCCCUCCCUCUUCAUCCAGCACCGUUUCCACUGCUGCCGCCGCUGUUGCUGCUGCAGCUGCUGGAACGUCUGUCGCAGCUAGCCAUGCCCCCAGCAAUUCUGCAACCAACAACCCCGCCGCCAGCUCUGCCACGUCGGAGACGAAUUCAGCAACAGAGUCCACGGCAGCACAGAGAGAUGAAUCCCCAAUGGAUGUGGACCAGCCUUCUCCUCUGGAGCAGGACCAGGCACCUGCUGGUGAAGAGGGUAACGGUCAACAGGAGCAGGAGGAGCGCUUGCCUGAUUUGCCUCUGCUGAGUGAGCAGCUACUGUUGGACGAGCUGUGGGACAUGCUGGGAGAGUGUCUUAAAGAGCUGGAGGAGUCACAUGACCAGCAUGCUGUUCUAGUUUUGCAACCGGCGGUGGAAGCCUUCUUCCUGGUGCAUGCCACGGAGCGCGAGAGUAAACCACCGGUGCGAGACACUCGAGAGAGUCAGCUGUCCCACAUCAAGGACGAGCCACCUCCGCUUUCCCCUGCACCCCUCACCCCUGCCACGCCAUCUUCCCUGGACCCCUUCUUCUCCAGAGAGCCUUCCUCUAUGCACAUCUCCUCAAACUUACCUCCAGACACCCAGAAGUUUCUCCGCUUUGCUGAGACCCACAGAACAGUGCUUAACCAGAUCCUGCGCCAGUCCACCACCCACCUGGCAGACGGUCCCUUUGCUGUCCUGGUGGACUACAUUCGCAUUCUUGACUUCGAUGUCAAGCGCAAGUAUUUCAGGCAGGAGCUGGAGCGCCUGGAUGAGGGUCUGAGAAAGGAGGAUAUGGCUGUUCAUGUGAGAAGAGACCACGUCUUUGAGGACUCCUACAGAGAGCUGCACCGCAAGAGCCCGGAGGAUAUGAAGAACAGACUGUACAUUGUGUUCGAAGGAGAGGAGGGUCAGGAUGCUGGUGGUCUGUUAAGAGAGUGGUACAUGAUCAUCUCCAGAGAGAUGUUUAACCCCAUGUACGCUCUGUUCCGGACCUCACCUGGAGAUCGGGUCACUUACACCAUCAACCCCUCGUCUCACUGCAAUCCCAACCAUCUCAGCUACUUCAAAUUUGUGGGGCGUGUGGUGGCCAAGGCCGUCUAUGACAACAGACUGCUGGAGUGUUACUUUACACGCAGCUUCUACAAACACAUCCUGGGAAAGAGUGUUAGGUACACUGAUAUGGAAAGUGAGGAUUACCCCUUCUUUCAGGGCCUGGUCUACCUGCUGGAGAACGACGUGUCCACCCUGGGCUAUGAGCUGACAUUCAGUACUGAGGUUCAGGAGUUUGGAGUGUGUGAGGUUAGGGACCUGAAGCCCAAUGGGGCCAACAUCCUGGUGACUGAAGAGAACAAAAAGGAGUAUGUGCACCUGGUUUGCCAGAUGAAGAUGACUGGUGCGAUUCGCAAGCAGCUGGCAGCCUUUCUGGAGGGCUUUUAUGAGAUAAUCCCCAAAAGGCUUAUCUCCAUCUUCACUGAGCAGGAGCUGGAGCUGCUCAUCUCAGGCUUGCCCACAAUUGACAUUGACGAUCUCAAGGCCAACACUGAGUAUCACAAGUAUCAGUCCAGCUCCAUCCAGAUCCAGUGGUUCUGGCGUGCACUCCGCUCCUUCGACCAGGCUGACCGUGCCAAGUUCUUGCAGUUUGUGACUGGCACGUCUAAAGUGCCUCUGCAAGGCUUUGCUGCACUAGAGGGCAUGAAUGGCAUCCAGAAGUUCCAGAUUCAUCGCGAUGACCGUUCCACUGAUCGACUGCCCUCUGCACACACUUGCUUCAACCAACUGGAUCUCCCAGCCUAUGAGAGUUAUGAGAAGCUGAGACACAUGCUGCUGCUGGCCAUUCAGGAAUGCUCAGAGGGCUUCGGACUGGCCUAAGGACUUUCGUCAAUCCUCAUGCGCACACACACACCAACACUGAUUUAGACUUACAUAAUGUUAACUUAUGGCACACAUGCAUACUCACACUAUCGUAGAAAUGGCCAAGACCUACUUGUUUCUAAUCUGUGUAAAAAAAACAAACAAAAAAAAAACAGCUGAGCGAGUUGGACAGCUGAGCGAGACGUAUUGACAUUGCCUACUACACACAGCGCCUCUCACUGACACACAGAACUGUAUUUUUGGUAUAUUUGCGUGUCUCCCAUACCAGUUAAAAUGCAGACCUGCAAAGAGGUCUGAGGGAUUUAUGCGGACUAAUAUAAAGACAUUUUCUGCAUUUUGUUUGUUUCUCUGUACAAAAGGUUUGGGAGUUUAUUAUGUUUAAUCCUUUUUGUUCUUCUCUGGCUGUUAACAUAAGGUUGUGUGUGUGUGAACAGGAUGGUUAAAACCCUUUUGGGGGGAAACAUUGAUUGUCCUCUGUUGCUAAUGUGUGACCUCACUAGCUUUGAAAAUGGGGGUUGGGUAGGGCGGGGUUAAGCAGGAGUGUAGAGUUUUGAUGAACUUGCAAACAUGCAGGGACUUUUCAAAAGGUGAAAUUUUUAGGCAACUUUUGUGGUAUAUUUGGGAAGGAUCACACUGAGAUUAACGAAAGUGAAGGACUGAUCGGAACCACAGCCUUCUAACGUGUGGUUAUCAAACUGCUGAAGCAGCAGCUAAUGAGAGAAUAAAUUGCUACAUAAAUAAAAGCAUAAAAUUGA